AUGAACGAUGACUGGGGAAAGAAAGGAAAAGAAUCCAUUGUAGCUCAGCUAUGGUCUAAAACCCCGAAUAAUGCACCCAUUGAUGACUCGAAGCAUUAUUCGGAAAUGUGGUUGGGCACGUACCCAUCAAACCCAUCCUAUCUGCUUUCCACGGGCGAGCACCUUGGGGAGUACCUGAAGAAAUACCCCGAGCUAGUGGGCAAGUCCGUCCACGACCGAUGGGGUCCGGAGAUUCCAUUCCUGCCAAAGGCAAGCCCAAAAGCCAAGAAUUAUACGCUACCCCUACAAAUCCACCCAGACCUGAAACUCGCCGCACAACUACACAAAGAACACCCCGAGAAGUAUGGCGAUACAAUGCACAAGCCAGAGAUUGCAAUUGCGCUCUCAAAAUUCGAGCUCUUUGCCGGCUGGAAGCCCCUAAAAGACAUCCAAGCGCUGUUUGCGUUGAACCACCUGGCAAAAUACAUCCCCAAAUCCGGACAAUUCAACGACGAAACCCUACGUCAAGUAUGCAAGGCGCUACUGAGCGCACCACCCAAAGAAGUCGCACAGACAAUGAAAGAUCUGCAAGCCAUCCCCGAAUCCCAGUUCGGCGCACACACCUACAUUCCCAGCCUCCUGGGUCGUCUAGCAAAACAAUACGGCGAAGGCGAUACCGGAAACCUAGUCGCCGCCCUGCUGAUGAACUACUUAACUCUGGGACCGGGAGAUUCCGUCUUCGUUCCCGCAGACAGUAUCCACGCCUACCUGGAAGGCGAUAUCGUUGAGUGCAUGGCGCGCUCAGACAACGUCAUCAACACAGGGUUCUGUCCAGCUGCAGACCGCGACAGUGUCGAGUUGUUCGGACAGGCUCUGAGCUUUGUUCCGCAUAAUGCGCAGGAUGCGCUGCUGCCGCGCAGAAAGAGUGACAAGGGCUUGAAUGGCAAGACGGAUGUCUAUGCACCGCCUAUCAGUGAAUUUGCGGUAUUGUGUACUACCCUUGGCGCUGGGGAGAGCGAGACCCACAAGGCCAUUCUUGGGCCGAGUCUGAUGAUUGUUACAAAGGGUGGUGGUCAGAUGAAAUUCCCUGGUAAUCAGACCUCUGAGUUAAAGGAGGGAUAUGUUUUCUUUGUGGGGCAGGGUAUUGCGUUGGACUUUGGGACGGACAAGGGCAUGGCUGUUUAUCGGGCGUAUGCGGAGUAA